AUGUCUGAAUCCAUACCGAUUCCUCGCUCGAAGUCGGGGUCCGCCCUGGACGAAGGAGUGGCCAGCGAUUAUGUUGGGAGUCUCGGAUCAGAUAUCGGGGGCUCGUCGAAUGGCGGUGCGUUGACACCUGGUUAUCAGUCGGGAUACCAGUCGUCCUCGCCCGGGAGUCCCUUGAUGCUGUCCAGGAACAACUCGUACAUUGGAAGCCAGUCGAUGCAGGAAGACUGGGAAGUCCCGCUCGACAAACUCAGCCUCUUCGACAUCUUCGACAACCUAGCCUUACCCGCAAAGCUCGACAAAUGGCAGGCCACGAUACAAGCCCAGAAAGAAAAGCUGGCACGCCAGCAGGAAAGGAUAAGGACCACGGGCAACAAUGCCAGGGACCGUGCCAUGGCCGAAUGGCGUAAACGAGUUCCCUCGGCCGACGAGCAACUCGCCAAAUACCGCUCUCGUAUGAAGAGAUCGGUGGACGACCUGAACAAGAGGUGGAACGAAGUGGCUACCAUAUCCAUCCGUGAGAAGGUGUCCUUCAUCUCGGCCGUGCUCAACGUCUUUAUCAGCGGAUAUCUGAUAGGCGCUGCACCGCAAUACUUCUACUGGUGGUACACCAUUCAACUGAUGUAUUUCAUGCCCAUCCGAGCCUACACCUACCACCGCAAGGGCUACCACUACUUCCUGGCCGACCUCUGCUACUUUGUCAAUCUUCUCGAUCUCCUGGCCAUCUGGGCAUUCCCGCGCUCGAAGCGCCUCCUGAUCAGCGCCUACUGUCUGGCGUACGGCAACAACGCCGUUGCAAUUGUCAUGUGGAGGAACUCGCUGGUCUUCCACUCCAUGGACAAAGUCGUCAGUCUAUUCAUCCACGUCAUGCCCCCAGUGGCGCUGCACUGUAUUGUUCAUCUGACCCCAGACGACUACCUGCUCAAACGAUUCCCUGCCGUUUACACCAUCAAAUACAGCCCCAAGGAGUCCCCAGAGCACUAUUCCCUCUGGGCAAUGCUCGUGUGGGCGACGGUGCCCUACGCCGUCUGGCAACUCUCCUACCACUUCUUCAUCACCGUCCGCCGCAAAGAGAAGAUCGCGGCCGGGCGACCUACUUCAUUCACCUGGCUGCGCAAAUCUUACGCCAAAACCACGAUCGGAAAGUUCGUCAACUCUCUGCCCGUAUACCUGCAAGAACCGGCCUUCAUGGCGAUCCAAUACUCCUACGCAAUCCUCACGAUAAUCCCGUGUCCACUAUGGUUCUGGUAUCGCUGGGCAAGCGCCGGUUUUCUACUGACCGUCUUCAGCUGGUCCGUGUGGAAUGGCGCCAACUACUACAUGGACGUCUUUGGCAAGCGGUUCCAGAAAGAGCUGGAGCAGUUGAAGAAAGACGUGGCGAAAUGGCAGAACAGUCCUGCGGCAAUGUUCUCUCCGCCGACAGGGCCCUUGGACGCCGAAACAAGUCCGCAUAUCACAAGAGAGGACGCGGCCAAGCGCCACGCCAAGAGGGAGUCGAUCGACAAGAUCCCCUUGCUGGACGAGAUGGGUCAGCCGCAGGAGAACGGUCACGACGACAGCAGCGCAAGAGCCACCGGGGCGGAGCUACUCAGUGCCGCGGACGAGGGUAUUCUCGACCGUAAGAGCGUGGCCACGCCGCUUGCGGAGGGGGGGUCGUGA